AUGACCAACCCAGAUCAAUCAAGUAGUGCUGUUCAAGCAGGAAGCCAGCCAGGGUAUACUAGCCCUCAACUCCCGGCAAACAACCCAGAGCCUACUAACCCUCAGGGAAAUGCUGCAAACGCAAAUGUGGCUGCAAGAACUACCCAGCAGGAAGCUGACAUAAGUAGCUGGCUGCCUAUAACUGCUAAUAGGAAUGCAAAAUGGUGGUACUCAGCUUUCCACAAUGUUACAGCUGUUGUUGGUGCAGGAGUUCUAGGGUUACCUUUUGCAUUAUCACAACUUGGCUGGACCGCUGGAAUUCUAGCCAUAGUUAUUUCAUGGGUGAUCACUUUCUACUCAUUCUGGCAACUGAUUAUAUUGCAUGAAAUAGUGCCCGGGAAGCGUUUUGAUCGAUACCCAGAACUAGGGCAGCAUUGCUUUGGACCAAAGCUAGGGUAUUGGAUCAUUAUGCCACAGCAGUUGAUUGUACAAGUGGCUUCAUCCAUUGUGUAUUCAGUGACUGGUGGGAAGUCAUUGAAAAAAUUCUUCGAUCUGGUCAUUCCAAGCUGGGCUGAUGUUAGACAAACAUAUUUCAUCCUCUUCUUCACUGUUUGCCAAUUAGUGAUCUCCCAAACUCCGAAUUUCAAUUCUUUGAAAGGCAUUUCUCUCAUUGCCGCAGUCAUGUCUUGCGGUUACGCCAUGAUAUCAUUUGUGGCAUCCACAAUCAGGGGCGCCCAUCACCAUCAACAUGUUAAUCAUGGAGUUCGGUCUCAUGCAACCUCUGAAAAUGUGGCCUUGGAGAUUCAAGCCACAAUCCCUUCAACUCCAGAGAAGCCAUCAAAAGUUGCCAUGUGGAGAGGUGUUGUGGUUGCUUACAUCAUCGUGAUAUUUUGCUAUCUUGCUGUUGCAAUCUCGGGCUUCUGGGCUUUUGGCAAUGCUGUAGAAGAUGAUGUUCUCAUCUCACUAGAGAAACCUAACUGGCUCGUUGCAUUGGCCAACAUUAUGGUGUUCUUUCAUGUUAUAGGAAGCUAUCAGAUCUUUUCAAUGCCUGUGUUUGACGUUAUUGAGUCAUAUUUAGUAGGAAAUUUAGGUUUCAAACCCGGACGACUUUUACGCCUCAUUGCUCGUAGUUUGUACGUACUCUUAGCAGGAUUUAUUGCAAUGUGCAUCCCAUUUUUUGGAGGAUUGCUAGGACUAUUUGGAGGCCUAGUGUUCUCUUCGACAUCAUAUUAUAUGCCUUGCGUUAUGUGGCUUGUCACCCAAAAACCAAAGAGAUUUAGCGUUCACUGGAUUGCUUCAUGGAUAUCGAUCAUUAUAGGAGUGCUGCUGGCAGUUUUUUCACCCAUAGGAGGAGCACGUCAAAUUAUUGUAUCAGCCAAAACUUACAAAAUCUUUUCUUAG